AUGUCGUUUGUCGCGUGCACCGACAUGCUAAGAUUGGAAGAAAAAGUUUCAAGAUUUUGGCAAUCGGAAGAGAUCUCGCCAGAAAAAUCGUAUUCGCUAGAAGAAAAAUUAUGCCGACAGCACUUUGAUAGUACAGUAAGAAGACAAGAAGACGGAAGAUUUACAGUUUGUCUGCCGUUUCGCGAGUCGGUGACAAAAUUAGGCGAGUCACUAGAUAUAGCGUUGCGAAGGUUUCUGGCAUUAGAACGAAAAUUAAAUGCAAAUGAGUCCUUAAAAAAAGAUUAUGUGAAAUUCAUGGAAGAGUAUCAAAGUUUAGGUCACAUGUCACCUGUGGAUUCAUAUGACACGAAAAAGCAUUAUUUUUUGCCACACCAUGCCGUAAUAAAAACCGAUAGCGCCCCCACUAAAUUACGUGUCGUUUUUGACGGCACGUGCAGAACUACUUCGAACCUAAGCCUAAACGACGUAUUAUUGAAAGGUCCCGUAAUACAGGAGGAGCUCGUUACUUUGCUGGCGCGAUUCCGUACCCAUAAAUACGUCAUAACAGCUGAUAUCAAGCAAAUGUACCGUCAAGUCCUGAUCGAAGAAAAGCAUCGAGAUUAUCAACUGAUAUUGUUGCGUCCUAGCACUAAUGAAAAAAUACAAAUAUAUCGUUUAAAUACCAUAACGUAUGGCACCGUUCCAGCCUCGUUUUUAGCGACAGCCUGUCUACACAAGUUGGCAGAAGAAGAAUUGAUAAACCAUCUAGGUGCCUCCGAUAUCAUUCAAAAUGAUUUCUAUAUGGAUGAUCUGCUGUCGGGAGCAAAUACAAUUCAAGAUACUAUACGUAUAAGAGACGACGUUAUAAAUAUUUUACGUAAAGGUGGUUUUGAGUUACGUAAAUGGGCUGCAAAUGAUCCUAUCUUACUGGAAGGUAUACUCGGAUCAAAUAGUAAUGAAAAGAACUUAAUUAUGGAAUUGGACAACGGUCCUACAAAAAUUUUGGGACUUAUUUGGAAUCCAAAGGAAGACCUAUUGCAAUAUAAAGUCACACCAUACGAAAGUGGUUCCGUUAUUAAAAAAAGAAAAAUACUGUCAGACAUCGCAUCCAUUUAUGAUACACUUGGUCUUAUAGGUCCUAUUAUAACUCGGGCAAAAUUGUUUUUGAGAACACUUUUUUGCAAGAAAUAUGAUUGGGACGAAUCGCUUCCAGAAGCAAUAAAAGACGAAUGGAUUACAUAUAGGACUAAUCUAUACUCCUUAAGACAAGUAAAUAUUCCGCGAAGUCUUAUAAUCGAUGAUGGUAUCAAAGAAAUACAGGUACAUGGAUUUUCUGAUGCGUCUAUUGAAGCCUAUGGGGCCUGUUUAUAUUUAAGGGUAACUUAUUCAACAGGAGAGGUCGAAGUACGAUUGAUCGCCGCCAAGUCACGAGUAGCGCCUUUGAGAGCAUUGUCCAUCCCACGUCUAGAGCUAUGUGCCACCGUACUAUUAUGCAGAUUGUCUAACAAAAUAGUUAAAAAAUUAAAAUUAAACAUAAGUCGUUGUUAUUGGUGGACCGAUUCGACAAUAGUGAUAGCUUGGAUUUCAUCACCAUCAGCAAAUUGGAAUGUGUUUGUCUCUCAUCGAGUAUGUGAAAUUCAAGAGUUGACAUCCGCUCAUGAGUGGCGUCAUGUGAAAAGUGAUGAUAAUCCCGCUGACGUUAUUUCCCGCGGUAGAGAUCCUUCUCUGAUACGAAACGAAAAAAUCUGGUGGGAAGGUCCCACAUGGCUCAAGAAAGUUGAAAACCAUUGGCCACCAAUGUCCGAGGUGGAUAAGAAAGGCGAAGUUCCUGAAAUGCGAAAAACAACCAACCUUUUGUCAACAGUUAGCAACGAUUAG